AUGACCUCCCGACCGCCGUUGGGCAUCCAGUCGAGACAGCCUCAAAGAUCCGUCAGCGGCUCUGGGCUGUCGCAGCGACCUCCAAACCCACAACGCAGUCUCAGCCAACAGUACUUGCCGCAGUCGCAGUCGCCAGCACGCAGGGCGGAUAGCUUCACAGACCAGCAGCAGGGACCCGUCGAUCUGGGCGACUCAGCCGGCUCUCGAUAUGUCGCGCCGCCAAGGCGAGUCGGCUCGAGGCUCCGGCUUGAGCUUGCAAAUGAUGGCAUCGAGCAUGCAGGAUUCUCUGAAUCGCCCAAGACCUUGGAACCAUUGUCCGGAAGUAAGGUGUUUACGCCAUCGCGCAUGAUGCACAUGAACGACACGUCCGAACUCGGCGACUUGAGCGCGCCUCAGUCGAGAUGUCACACGGCCGAGGGUGAGCCGGUGCCCUUGCCCAUGCCGCCUCGGCGAGCGCGCUUUGUAGUUCCUGCCAAACGGUCCGCUUCGAUGCCCGCUCCAUCAACACCCUCCAAGAGAGACGGCCGGCCAAAACCUUUCCACCUCGAAACUCCAGCUGCCGCGCCACGCUUCCCGCCUGUAGGAAAGCAGGAGCACUCCGCAGGUAAGUCUGCAAAUGGCGUGGAUAAAAAGCUCAUCAGCCAUGCGGACUUCUAUGCUUGGACAGGCAAUAACGCAGAGGACCAGUUCUCCGAUCACAUAAUACGCAAUGGUUUCUUGGACAAAGCCCCCGGACAGGCAGCUCAGGAAGCCUCAUCUGCGAAAGUGACGCUGUUCCCGGCGUUGAAGCACAAGAGCGGCCUCCACACCUUAUCAACAAUAUUCACCAGUGUCUUAAAUCAGAGGCGACAGAGUGGUCAAAUCUCUGCACCUUCAACAUUCAAGCCGCCACCACGAGUGACGGUAACCGACACGAAGCGCGAGGUAUGGCUCAAAGAGCUCGCAAACCCACAGAUAUCACUUCGCCGGCUCAGUCGAACCAUUCCACAUGGCAUCAGAGGCCGAGUGCUCCUCGACCAGUGCCUCAACAAGAAUGUCCCGACCGAUCGUGCCGUGUGGCUUGCGAAGUGCGUGGGCGCAAACGAGAUCCGCGCGUUCAAGCGCAAAGGCGUCAGUGGUGCUCUGGUCAUGGGCGGCGAGAUCAAGUGGAUCCGAGACUGGACUCUAUGCAUCGAGCAGUUCAUUGACGCCGUGGUCGGGUCAUUCAGUGACGUCGAUUGGAAGGCCAAGGUCCAGUACGCCAUCCGCCUUGCUACACAUCUCUAUGCUGAGCAUCUCCUUGAUCGUGAUCAUUACAUGGACUGGCUUGUCGCUGGGCUCGAGAACACAACUCAAGCAAGACUGCCCAUGUGGUUACUCAUUUCACAGAUAUACUGGAAAGAUAUGCUUAGGCUGCGCAAAUAUGGGCGCAGGCUUGUGACCGCCAUCGUCGGCCACUACAAUUCGAUCUUUGAUCAUCCUGACCAGGACAUUCUCGCGCCGCUGUCCACGCAAUUACGCACACUCAUCAGCUCGCUUAUGCUCACCACCCCCGAGAACUUUGUCCAUCCCCAGACGUGGACCAAAGGUCAUGAUGCUAUACGAGCCUGUGUUAUGGCUGAUGAGGCGACAAUUGCGACUUUUUCAGAUAUUGAUGCUCGCAACAGCUGGUUCAUAAGCCCCAGUGUCAAGUCUCAGCCAGCAGUGCGAACCCGCAUGGUCAAAUUACUUGACAACAUUCUCCGCGCUCCCAUGGCUGAGGACACGCCGAAGCAGCUAUGGGACCUGGGUGAAGACAAGGCGGGUCUGGUGAGGACUGUUCUCGAAUGGGCCACAUCUUUGCAUCGCCCAGGCAUUGCGAAAGUCUACGCCGCGACUACAAUCUUGCGAUCCUGGGCCGUUCUUGACAUCGACACAACCGGGAGCAUUCUCGAAUACAUUAACACCAAUCCGCUGUCCGAGACAUCUCGACAGCAUCUCCUUUAUCAUCUGGUCUCCGAACUCGUACGGUCGAACAAUUUCUCUGUAGCUCGCUACAUUCAGUGGCUCAUUGCCCGCGGAGGCUUGACCAGCCCCCAGGAGACCCAGACGGACGGCCCUUGCGCGACCAGGCUCCUUGUGGAAGUUCCUACGAAUGCACUGAGCGACUCGAUGAAGAGUCUCCGAGCGACUCUCUUACGCAGAGCGUCCUACUCGGUCCAAGAAGAGUCGCAGAACGUUGCAAACGCCAUUGGCUUCGUCAAGCAUGCAUUGUCAGGAUCAAUCGAUGAUGAUGACGAUGGUUCCCUAGUGGUUCGAAAACCUCGCAGCAUCAAAAAGCUCACCAGGCAGUUAUCAAUGAGCAGUCGAGCGCUACAAUCCGAGGUGUGUGCUUGGCUGUGCAAGGAUUUUGUUGGCGGCGUGGUUGAGGCUCAACUGGAAGGCACUCUCGGCGCCGGCCUCCCGUUAUCGAAGUUUGAGUCGAUCCGUGCACUCGUUGAGGCGAGCAAUGAUUUCGCCAUGCUCGAGGACAUUCUCAAGAUGCUUUCACAUUCUACGAACCCCGAUCUCCUCGCUUCAUGCGCCGACACAAUCAACCUCCAUCUGUCUGUUUUUGCGGCCACUGGGAGCGCCAAAAUGUUGUUCCAGCUCUACUAUGAUCGUUUCCGGUCUGCAGUGGACGAUAUAGGCGUAGGGGCCCGGCCAUUGCUCGCAUCACUUGCGAGUCUCGGACCGAGACUUCCAGGUUUCGAGGACAUUGCAGCGCAGCUCAAGGAUAGCCUCGCCAGGCUCGAUCGCAGCAAUGCCGUCGACGCAUCCUCUCCGCUCUCCGAUAAUAUGGUGACACAGCUUCAAGAUGAUGAGGCCGAGCUUACUGAACAGAUUGAGAAGCUCGCGAGCUAUUCGAGCGCUGACCAGCCGACUCUCGAACGCGUAUUCCAGGCCAUUAUCUUCAAGCUUCAGUCCUGCUGGGGCAAAGAUGAUGGUCGCCAGCGGGCCUACUGCAUGCUCCUGACGCGGCUGCGUGUCUUCGAUCAACACCAUUUUGACAAUCAGAUGCGAGCUUGGCUCCAGCACAUUCGGAAGCUCUCGAAGCGACCUCAGCUCACGCAGAUGUUUCCACUACUUGUUAGCUCCGGUUGUCUCUCUUUGGCAAUCCUGUUCGCGACGGCGCCACGCAACCAGUCCCAGGGUGCCCAGAUUCAGCCCAGUGCCGUUGGAUGCGCCUCUAUCUACAUGCAGGAGAUCCUGCAGAUGUUGAUGAUGCCUCUGGAGCCUGAUCAGGUCCUAACUUCAGAGGACUGCUAUCGCUUUCGCAUCAUUCAAGAUCAAGCUCGACUUGAGCACGCUAAAGAGAUCAUGUCCUUGAUACGCGGGGCCCUUGCAGAGUACGCUGCCCCUCGCAAUCCACAGGCCAUGAUUGCACAGCCACUGGACGAUAACAAGACCAAGUUUCAGCUUCUGGAGCUUCUCAGAAUCUUGGUGCUUCUUGAUCCCCUCGCGGCAUGUCAGACUCUUUCGAUCAAGAGCUCUGAUGCCAAUCUCAGAGCGCUCAUCGAGACGCUGACGACCAAGCUGCUCGUUCCACAGCCUAGUGGCAGUAGCCAAAAAUCAUUUGAGCAAGUCCUGGAGCUUGCAAACGAGUUCACUCUGCCGUUCUGCCAGGUCAAAGUCUCGUUGAAUCUAUCGAGUGAGGAGUCCGGGACCGCCGAUUCCGCGGAGAGGGUUCAGUCUCAGCUUGAACAACUCUCCAGAGCCAUGGAUAAUGCCAUCUCCGCCAACAACAUCAUGUGGACCGGCAUGCUCCCAUCAUUGAAUGCCGAGAUGACGCAACACCUCAAGAACCGGGCCGAGGCUCGCUUCCUUGAACUCUUCCCCUCACCGAAGAUUGGCCAAUCGUCUGGAGACACUACAACCAAGGAGUACAUUAUGGCUGAGAACCUCUUAACCGUUAUCGACGCCAUUGUUAGAGGCAACUCGGCUGUGAAAGGACCGGCCGUCACUGCAGCCCUGGCGGAGAAGCUCCUGGACAUGUGGGAAAUCGUGGCUACGCCUAACACAGAGCUGGCGUCACUCAAAGAUAUGGUCCUUGCCAAGUGGCUGCCGCUACUUCUCGCUUACCUGACUAUGCAGACGAGCACGGAUUUGCCAGCCGCUGAGCUGGCGAAGGCGCCGGCUGGCGAAAUGCGGGGAAGAGUUGUUCUAGCUCUUGCUGGCAUUGCGCAGGAACUCGACUUUCAGAAUCACGGGGCAUAUGUGAGUCUGAGCCAGCGAGUCUUUGAUGCCGCUCUAGUCAUCGCGGACACGCUUAGCGAGGAGGCAAGACUGCAGUGCGUCCGAGCGGUCAAGGACAUGACAUCCGAUGUCCGAGUCCGAUACCUCCUGAGCUUCAGCGCCAACCCAGCGGAUACCUUUAUGCUGGCUCAUCGCGAGAGGCCGCCGCCUGGCCUCAGUGAGCGGGAAAGAAGGGCCAUGGUCCUCGGCAUGGGGCUGAGUGGGAUGUUGCCGGAGAGGCUCAGCCCCUUUACAUUUCGUCGGUGGGAGAUCCUGAGUGAGCCCACGCCUAAUGUUGGCGAGAACGACACCAGCUUGAGCUUGACGCUGUUCGAUGCCAGGAAACUCUGA